ACUCGCACUAUACAGUCCCACCGCGCGCAAUCGUGACCGUCGUCGUCACCACUUUGAAACGAAAAUCUCACGGCGAACGUGCCCGAACCAAUGCCACCAACCGAAAAACGUCGAAAACACAAUCAACCGAACGACGGCUGAUAUUAUUGUACCUGGUGGCUGACGGUUGCCGUGUUGUAAUGCCUACCUACCGUCGAGUAACCGUCGAUUGUUGUGGCGAUUUCUGAUCUAUUGGUUACUAUUCUAUUAUAGUACCUACACGAAAAUUAUUUAUUUUAAUCCAACACUGACAAACCCGGCUCGUUGCCGACGUUUGUCAUAAUAAUAAUUAUUAUUCUAACCAACAGGUAUUGAAAUAUAUUAUCAGAUAAAAAAAAAAAAAAAAACGUCUUCCACAUUUACUGUAUCACACUUGUUUGCUCGACGUUUGUAAUUAUUAUUUUCUCGUGCCACACAAUCGCGUUAGUCGGUCACGCUCGUCCAGUGUUCGUCGCCGUCGCGUUGUUAUCAUAACACCGAUAUUUUUUUUUUUCUAAUUUUUUAUUUAUUUAUUAUUAUUAUUUCUAUUCGUUACUAUUAUAUUUGCGGUAAUGAUCUCAUCGACACCGACGUCGACGUCGACGUUAUAGCGCCGGUGGACAGUGGCGAACGCGGGCACGGACGACCCGGUCCGCUUUAUCCCAUGUACGACGGCGACAAAUGAACAGCACAGUCGACUGUCGCGACCCACCGAAAUAUGGAGGCUGUGGUACAGUUCGACUAUACGGCUCAAGAGCCGGACGAGUUGACGUUGAAGAAAGGCGACGUAGUAACCGAUGUAAAACCCAUGCCCGACGGAUGGAUGGAAGGCUUCAAAGACGGCAAGAAAGGAAUGUUCCCCGACAACUAUGUUAAGAUUGUGCACACGUCUAGUGGUGUAGUGCUGAGAAAAAAAAACCCUAGAAAAUGCAAAGUGCUGUUUAGCUACAAACCGGCCAACCGAGACGAGUUGGAAUUGAAUAUUGACGAUGUGAUAGAAGUUUUUGGAGAAGUCGAAGAAGGGUGGUGGAAAGGACAACUAAAAAAUCAAACUGGUGUUUUUCCUUCAAAUUAUGUUACUGAAAUAUCCGAUUCAAAAAUUGUUACAAGAAGUGAUUCUAAAACGUCGACAACAUCAAUUAAAAAAGAAGAUAGUAUUAAGAAAGAAAAGCCACUGGAACCAGUAAAAAGUACAGAGAACAGUGAAUUAGUAAAUGUUGAAUUAAUGAAUGUUCCCAAUUUACCUCCAAAACCAGCUAAAGAAGUUUGUGUUGCUUUGUUUCCUUAUGAAGCUGUUAAUAGUGAUGAAUUAACAUUGGCUGAAGGAGAUUUAAUCACAAUCAUAUCACGGGAUGUGGAAGACAAAGGCUGGUGGAAAGGAGAGUUAAAAGGCAAAGUUGGUGUUUUUCCAGAUAACUUUGUGCAAAUUGUAAAUCACGAUGAAGUGUCUAGUAAAUUGGAAAAAUCAUCCAGUAGUCCGCGAAGCGGUACUACGGCAUCUCUUCGAAAGUUAAUGCAAAGUCAAAUGGAAAAAACAUUGGCUCCUAUUGUCAACAAAAAACCAGCAUUGCCGCCUCCACCUCCGACUUCCAAAAAACCACCUACCGCUAAAAGUUCAUCAACAUCUUCAAUUUCUAAAACCAUAAGUGGCAUAAAAUCUAUGUUGAGUGCCGAACAAAAUUCAGACAAAUUAAAACAAACUGCAACUGAUCACAAUGAAAAUAAACAGUAUGGGUCUAUAGCCGUUAAGCGCUCAGAAUCUGUUGGCUCGAUGAAAAAAACAGCGGAUACGCCAGAUGGCAGUUGUAUGAGCAGAUCGUCAUACAGUGUUUCAUCGGCAUCUGUACCGGAAUCUCCCUCUUCUUUAGUUAUCUCAAAUCACGAGAACAGUGGCGGUGAAUCUAAAAGUCCUGAUUUUGAUCAGAUAGAAAGAACGGCCAUGCUUAGUCAUCCAACUGCGUCUCGUGCAAAAGCACCUCGAAGAAGACCGCCGUCUGCUGCUUUUAGUCUUCCUAGUGAAGAUGAUCCAUCAUUGGACCCACUGCCCGUAAACGGCAUGCCUGGUGUAGAAAAAGAAAAAGCUCCGUGGGUUCAAGAGCUAAAAAUGAAUCAGGCAAAAAAAUCUUCGAGUACUAAUUCCGUGAUAGGAGGAUCUCGAACAAGAGUAAUGAUUAAUCCAUCCACAACUACAAUAACAUCCGAAAGUUCAGACACCACUUUGGUCACACCCAAGACUGGUUUAACUGCUGUCGGUAUAGGUGGUGUGGUUUUUAAACCUCCUGGAUAUGUGCCACCUUUAACGACACCAGAACCAGUCACAGUCAGCACGCCGUCCAGUCCAAUCACGUUGGCUCCAGCAGAACCCAAUCCGGCCACACCAUCGGUAGAGCGAAGUCUGAUAGCUGUGCUAAACGAAAAAGUCAAACAGUUGGAAUCUACAGUUCAACAGCAAAACCAUCUUGUAGACAAAUUGUCAGUUAAAUUAGAAGUAGAGAUUGAAAAACGCAUACAAAUAGAAAAAGAAAUGAAAAAAAUCAUGGAACUUGUGACUCGGGUGUGAUAUGUGUAUGGAAAAUCAGUAUUUUCACACAUUAAAACAUAAUCAAACAGUACUUAAUAAACCAUUCGGGUUUUUUUUGCGGUUGUAAUUUAUUAUUUAUUUUCUUUGUGAACAGUCAUCCAUUAUCUUUAAUGUAAAGGUAUUUUUGAGGAAGCAUUCCAUUAUAAUUCCAUUCCAAGGACUUGUAUGUGAUUUAAAUGUUUUAUUUUUAUGUUUUCGAUGGAUUCAUCUAUCAUUAUUAUUUUUUAUUGGUACUAUAUAAAUGGUAUUAUUAACUUUACUUUUGAGAUGCUCUAGUCUUUACUUUCAAAUUGUCAUGUUUUUCUAUAAUAUUAUGCAAGUAUUAUUUUUUUAAAUCAUUCCUUAUUGUUUUUGUAUUAAUCUUCUCACCUACUAAAUGUGAUAAAAAAUAUGAAUCGAAGCUAAUACUAUGAUACGUUUGUGGCAAUUAAUGAUAGGCAGCUAGUUUCUUAAUUAUAAUGUUUAAUCCCCAAUGACGAUUAGUAGCGUUUUGGUUAGUUAGUAAUUUCCAUCUUUUUAUUCUCUCAAAAUAAUAUUAACAUUUGAAUUCCAAUCAAAAGUAGCAAUAAAAAAUUAUAUAUAUAUUAAUACUAUUUGCCAAAAUCCAAUAGGCCAUUUAACUGUAAUGUUUUUUUUUUUUUUUUAAUUUUGUCCUACAAUGUUUGUUUAACUUCUUUAUCACAUUAAAAAAACCUUAACCUUUAAUGUACUUAAAAAUAUUUGUGAACGACACACAUAGCUUAUACUUACCUUUAAGUUUGUUGUAUAGAGUAGUAGUUAAAUACCAUUUAGUAUAUUUUCUAAAGUACAUUCGAAAAUGUGCCUGUAACAUAGAUUUUUACGUUAUAUAUUUUGCUAAUAUGUUAGUAGUUAAUGAAUACAAAGGCCAUAUAAAAAUUAUCAAAUUAACAACCUAAAGUUUAUAAUAUGUAUUCCCAUCGAUAUUUUCUGCUAUUAUCAUAUUUUAACUUUUUGUAUUUAUCAAUAAUUUUAUUGAAUUUUCUAAAAGGGAAAAUUGUAGUUAUCAGUUGGUUCUUUUACGACCACUUUGUUUUAGUGACAAACCAAAAAACCAAUAGUUGAAUUUUUUUAUUUAUUUAUUUUUGGAUAACAAUAUUGAAAUUUUUUUAUGUAUACCUGUAUAUAACAUAAAUAAUUAAUAUUAUUAUUAUAUUUUAAUUUUAAUGUGACAAUUGUGUGUUUAAAAACAACAUUUAGGCAGCAGACUGAUUUUGCAUAUACCUUGUUCAUAUAUUAUGUUAUGCAAUUGACACUUUUAUCUGAUAUUACUCAUAACCGUUUCCCUCCAGAAAUUGGCCGAAACUAUAGUUAAUUUUUUUUAUAUUUAUAUACAUAUACAAAUUAUAUUUUAAUUAUUCUUGUAUUUUGACAUGAAUAUUUUUGAAUUGCUAAAUAAGUUAUUGAUCUGACAGUGCAUGGUUACUUAUGCAAGUCAACAAGAAGAGUGUUAAAUUAUUAUUGUACCAAUGUUUAAGAUAUUUUUAUUUACAUAUAAAAUUCAUAAUUAUUGUAAGUUGUAAACCCAAUGGUGUCAUAUAUAUUUUAUAAUUUGUUAAUUAUUAUUUUCAAUAAAAAUAUUUUUUAAAAUGAA